GUAUUCAGCACUGCCAACGGGUUGGGCAGGGGCGUAAUUGCCUGACAGGUUAGUUAUUGAUUGUGCAACCUUUAAAAGGAAGUAGAUCGAGCUGUACCGGCGGUGUGGGUCGUUUCAGUCUGCCUUGCCCAGGGUGAGCAUCGAGAGAGAGAGAGAGAGAAGAGAGAGAGAGAGAGAGAGAGAGAAGGGAGGCAAGAACUCUGUUUUUUUAGUGGUAGGGCUGGUGGUCCUACUGGCGGUCGUGGGACUGUACCUGUGGACCGUGAUGUCAGAGAACGCUCUGCUCAAGCUGGAGAGCCAGCAAAUGAGGGACGAGAGAGGAAAGCUUAUGAAUGCGAAGAACGUGCUGCAGAAACGGGUCGAUGAGCUGAGCCUGUCUCUGGACGACAAGAAACACUACAUCAGUGACACCGACGCUAAAUUGCUCAAAACCAGCGCCGAUUUGGAGAAAAAGGUCGCCGAGCUGAAACAAUGCCUGGAGCAGAAGAAACAAAUAAGUGACAAUGCUGAGAAACAGAAAAAUGAACUUAAGGCAAAGGAAGAUCAGCAGAAGCGUCUGGAGGAGGAGAAAAAGAAGAUUGAAGCCACUCUGGAAGAAUUCAAGAAACUCUGCACCCGGACUGAUAUAAGCGAAUUGUUAAAGAAACUCUGUUCCGAGAAAUCUGUAAAAGUGGCUCUGUAGUCGUCAACUGAAGAGACCUUUUGCCAAGGCUUGGUGGUCACCUUGGCCAAGAUAUCACUCGUGCUGGCACCAAAACAAUGAAGUGGAAAUAAACCUUCACAGAAAAGAAAUAAAGGCACUGAGCCACAUCCUAUCCCUUCCUACACCACAUCCAACCUGGCCAGCGGUGGACACUACCCUUUCUUAUCUCCUGAAGAAAUCUUUGUCCCACUCAAAAUUUGAUGGACCUGCUCCAGUACCUCGAUCCAAACUCAGAUGGCGAAAAAGUCCUUCUCAUCUCAUCUAUCUAUAAUACACGUUAUUAUUCAAUGUCUUCAACCCUGCCACACUGACUACUUGGAAUGCAGAUGUGACUGAUCGAACUUCUGAUGAGUUAUUUCGAUGCCUGUUUGUACAGCAUAUGCAGAUACUCUUGUGCACUAUGCUAGCCAAACAGCAAGAAGUGCCUCCCUCUCUCCUGAGCAACUCUCUUACCAGCUCCUCAAUGGAUUUUUCUGGGGACUUUUGCACUUUCUGUAACUAUAUGGCUUGUCCUGGUUUAACUGUCAUGCUUAAGUUGUAAUCUGGUCCAGUUCGGAGGGAGAUCUGCUGUUUUAAAAGUGCUCCCAUUAAGCGCCAGCCUUGUAUCCUGUAGCAUUACCCCUGUCACAAUUCCAGAGGGGAAUCAGAAUGAGAUUUAUUAUCACUGGCAUACGACGUGUUAAUCCUUCAGUAACAUUGCUAACCAGUGUUAGAAUCAGAGCCGGCUCAACUCCCCCCUUGCCGCCAACCCUCCAUCCUACCACAGCUUGCCUGAAGAGUCAUCACACCUUCCCUUCUUUGUGAACAAAAGCAGUAGUCAGCCAUACGUUCCCUCAAGCCGACCUUGCCAAACAAUAUCAUGGCUGAUCUACCUCAACCUCACCUCCCUGGUCCGUCCCCAUGUCCCUCCAUUGCUUUUGUGUCCUGGAAUUUACUGAGCUCAGUCUUCAGUGCAUUCAGCAACUGGGCAUCCUCAACCCUCUAGGGUAGAGCACUCCAAAGCUUCUAACACUCACUGAAGAACCUUUUCCUCAUCUCAGUUCGAAAGUGCCAGCUAAUUAUCAUGCUACCGUGAUAUUCUAGGCUGUUGACUCAGCAAAAAAAAGCCUCCAGCUCAGGCCCCUUAAGAAAUUAAUAUAUUUUAAUGAGAUCUCCUCUAUUCUUGUAAAGCCUAAGCAAAAUAGAAACAGCCUACUUCUCAGAGCAGCAUUCUCAUCGCAAGAAUGAAUUCUACCAAUCUUUAAUGCACUCUCUCUAAAGCAUAUCCUCUGGUCAAAAGUUCAAACCUCUACACAAGGUAUAAACCAUUUCCUUUUGAUUAAUUCUUUAUUUAGAGGUAAUCAGGAUUUCUAUAAUGUAAGCAAUUCAGCACUUAUUUUGUUAAAAGGUGGAAGAGAAUUUUUUAUAUCAUUGUUCUAUGUGUUCUAUUUGAUUCAAUUUGUCUUACAAUUUUUCUUACACGUGGACGAUCACGAGGUGAGCACUGUCAGUGUCUGGGGGUCAGAGGACCUUUAAGAGGGCCCUGGGGUCAGUUUUAAAGCUGCUGCCUGCUCCCUUCUGGCUUCAUCUUUGUACACUGCCAUCUCAGGCGCUGCCCGUGUCUGGCAAGUAGCAAAGCUCUCUCUCCCUGUUGCACCCAGACAUUGUUUCCAGUUCUCCCAACCGUCUCUCCCUGGGUGAGGUUGAUGGACUGUGCAUCAGACUGGUGACCCACGAAGAGCCACACCUGAGCGGAUAUCCAGAAAGGCUUCAGGUUCAGAGGUUUGCCCAGGAGGUAUCUUUGAAUGGGCACUGUGGCACAGGCAGGAAUGGGAAAGGUCCCACUGACACAAUUGGAAGGAGGGCAGAUGACUUCUAUUGGACGUCCUGAACAUGAAAACUGACGGUCUGCCCUAUCGUGUUGCUGCCAGUGCAGGAACUAGCUGCUGAGUCCCCCCCACCAUCCACCACCAUCCCCCCCCACCCCCCCAACACUACAACACUGUGAUCUCCAAAGGUUGGGAAAAGCUGUGCACAACAGCCAGUGAAAGUGAACUUCAUACAGCAGGGAAUCACCAAAAGGAACUUUGACUUCCUCUGAGCCUUUAAUCGACUGAAUAUUAUUCAACCUUUGUUUCUUUUAUUUUCCCUUGGCUGGUGUUCCUAACUAUGUAUCUUUGUGCUAUUUGUUCAAUAAAUAUUUUAUUCGGUAUAUA